UAUCAAUUACACAGACACACACACACACAGUUCUGUUCCUGCCCCUCUCUACUACCCCUGACACCCUAAGUCACACACAUCCGGGCUUUCGUUACUUGCCUCCUGCACAACCUGCCUCACCGCCCCCUCAUUCUCCUCACUCCCCGACUACCACAGAGAAAUCAGUAAGUAGCACAGAAUAGCAUCAACCCCCUUCGCAGCAUCGGAAACGCAUCCCUUUCGGUUUACCCCUCCCUGUUUCACGUUUAGCGAUUCCUCCCCCUUCAACCUCCCCAAUAACUUUGCAGGUUCCUGGUUUCCUCCCCUUUGUCCUCCCUGACUAGAUUUCAGAAGCUCAGGUCUCAGAAGCCCUCUGCAGUGAGGAACCCCCAAACCAAACUCACGCCCGAAAAGCCAAAACGGCGACCCAGGAUGCCUGCGCACUCCUUGGGCGCAGGGACACUCCCAGAAAUCUCCGGGGUGUGACCAAGCGCAGGCUGUGAAGAAUCAAGACGAAUUUCAAACGACCCAUCCACCGCUUUUCCUGCUCCCUAACUACAUUUCCCAGAAGGCUCGGCUGUGCAAAUUAUCUCCCUUUGCAGACUAGUUCUUUUCUUCCAGAGCCUGUUCAACUCCAGGGGAUAGUAGGGCGGGCCCGGAAGAUCCAUUUUCAAACGCUUCAGAGUGAACUUCUUUGGGAGUCACGGCCCGAGGCUGAGCCACGCUCCGUGAGGCCUCCGAUGCGCGGUUUGAUGACGGAAUGCGAUCCUUUCGGCUGGGUCGCUGCUGAGCUCUGAGAGGAAUCCAGGAGGCCGGCGGCCAUCUUGCUCACCGCAAGGACGUCUCUGACUACACUUCCCAGAGGACUUCUCGGCAAGAACGUUAUUCUCGCGCGAAUUCAGCCUCAAAGUCACGCGCUGGCGGGACCCUCAGGUCUGCACAGACGACUGUUAAGAGUCCUUUGGAAGGUUCUGCUGCUUUGGAAGCUUGGAAGACCUGAAGUGGGGAACCAGAGGAGAGGGCGGGACCGGAGCCUCGGCUUUGUACCGCUGAGGGGCUCUGCCUUUUUCCAGAAGAGGAGCCCAGAGGAAGACUGGUCCUUUUCAUAUCAAAGCCAUGGCUCAGGAGUCAGUGAUGUUCAGUGAUGUGUCCAUAGACUUCUCUCAGGAGGAGUGGGAGUACCUGAAUGAUGCUCAGAGAGAUUUAUACAGAGAGGUGAUGUUGGAGAAUUACAGCAACCUGGUUUCAAUGGCAGGACGUUCUAUUUCUAAACCAGAUGUGAUCUCCUUCUUGGAGCAAGGGAAGGAACCCUGGUUGGUUGACAGAGAACUAACAAGAGACCAGUGGCCAGUCCUGGAGUCAAGAUGUGAGACCAAGAAAUUAUUUCUGAAGAAGGAAAUUUAUGAAAUAGAGUCAGCCCAGUGGGAGAUAAUGGAAAGACUUACAAGACAUGACCUUCAGUGCUCUAGUUUCAGAGAUGAUUGGGAAUGUAAUGGCCAGUUUGAGAAACAACAUGGCUCUCAGGAGGGACAUUUCAGUCAACUGAUAUUCACCCGUGAAGGCAUGCCCACUUUUAGUCAACAUCCAUCCUUUACAUUACAGCAAAUCAUUAGUAAUAAAGAGAAAUACUGUGCAACUAAGGAAUAUAGGAAAACCUUUAGACAUGACUCACAGCUUACCACCCAUCAGAUAAUUCAUACUGUUGAGAAACCCUAUGAAUGUAAGGAAUGUGGAAAGGCCUUUAGACAUCCCUCAAGACUCAGUCAUCAUCAGAAAAUUCAUACUGGCAAGAAACCCUUUGAAUGUAAGGAAUGUGGAAAAACCUUUAUUUGUGGCUCAGACCUUACUCGACAUCACCGAAUUCACACUGGUGAGAAACCCUAUGAAUGUAAGGAAUGUGGAAAGGCCUUUAGUAGUGGCUCCAACUUCACUCGACAUCAGAGAAUUCACACUGGUGAAAAGCCCUAUGAAUGUAAAGAAUGUGGGAAGGCCUUUAGUAGUGGCUCAAACUUUACUCAGCAUCAGAGAAUUCAUACAGGGGAGAAACCCUAUGAAUGUAAGGAAUGUGGCAAUGCCUUUAGUCAGAGUUCACAACUUAUUAAACAUCAGAGAAUCCACACAGGUGAGAAACCCUAUGAAUGUAAGGAAUGUGAAAAGGCUUUUCGUUCUGGUUCAGACCUUACUCGACAUCAGAGAAUUCAUACUGGUGAGAAGCCCUAUGAAUGUAAGAUAUGUGGGAAAGCCUAUUCUCAGAGUUCACAACUUAUUAGUCAUCAUAGAAUUCAUACUAGUGAGAAACCCUAUGAAUAUAGGGAAUGUGGGAAGACCUUUAAUUAUGACUCACAGCUGAUUCAACAUCAAAAUUUGUACUGGUGAUAAAACAUAGAAUAUAUGAAAUGUGUGAAAAUGCUUUUAUUUACAGCUCAAAACUAUUAACAUCAACUAUUUAACAAAAGAGAAUUUAUCUCUAUAUUAAUCCCUCUAAAUAGAAGAAGGUAGAAACAUCUUAUUUGCUGACUACAGCUUGUUCAGCCCAAGAAAAAUCAUGUAGGAGAAACACCCUAUGAGUAGAAUAUGUUUUGGAAGCCAUUUAAUAAAAGCCCCUAUUUCCCUUGCCAUCAGGUAAUUCAGUCUAGUAAAUACUCAGAAUGACAACAGCACUUCUGGCACCUUUCUAAUCUUAUCUUAAACAUCAGAGAAUACAUGCUGAAAUGUAAUCCUGUGAUUUUCAUUUUAUUUUCCCCCCAAUUUGUCUAUAGUUGUAAUAUUCUUAAUCUUUUAAUCCAUUUAAAUUUAUAUAACUGUAAAGUCCAUCUGUGUAUAUCAUGGUUUGUAAAAUAUCUUUAUUUUUAAGAUACCUUUAAUACCCAAGAGCAGUGACCUCUUUAUUUUUGAAGAUAGCUUAUUCCUUUUGCUCUUUACAAAAUUUAGACUUUCUUGUUGUAAAAACGUUCAUGUAAUGACUUACCACUCAGUAAAUAGAGAUCCUUUACUAUCUUCAUGGUGUUUUCCUUGUGUUGCUAUAAUAUCAUUUCAUCAAAUCCUUAUUGAUAGACAUUGUAGUUUCCUCCAGCAUUUUUGCCAUUAUACACAGUGCCCUGACGGGCAUUCUCCCUAGGUAUAUCUUUGUGUCAGGUCUUUUAUUUUAAUUGCAGAAAUAAUGCCUCAACAUAUAUUUUCCUUAUAAUAGGUUUAAACAUUACAAGUAAGGCCUUUGACCACUAUCCUUGUACCCAUAUCCCUCCCUGUUUAGUAUUUAUCCUUCCUGAGCAUUUUCCUGUGUUUUUAUACAUAUAUGUUUUGGUAGAAAUUAUAAAAUGGGGAUAAUUAUAAUACCUACCUCAUAAUUUUGUGUGAAGAUCAAAUAAAGAGACACAAAGUGCUUAGAAUUGUGCCUGUCAUAUAAUAAAUAGAUACCCACAGAAUGUUGGUCAUUGUUAAU